GUGCGUGACGUAGGAGGAAGAAGCCGCCAUUAGGGGCAGCGGGGCCGCCGCCGCCGGGCAGGUUCGGUUGCCGGGUUCUUCUCCGGCUUCUGUCUCCGUGGCCUCGCCGGUGCCUCCCCAUCCUCCUGGCCUCUCUCCCCCGUGGGCCCUCGUCCCGGUGGGCGGCGGCGGCGCCGCGGUGCGGCCCGUUGAUGUGAGGCGCGGCUCGGCGGCGGGGCGCGGAUGGCGGCGGGGGCCGGCGCGGCGGCCGGGGGCCGCAGCUUCUCCUUCAAGGUGGUGCUGCUCGGGGAGGGCUGCGUGGGGAAGACCUCGCUGGUGCUGCGCUACUGCGAGAACAAGUUCAACGAUAAGCACAUCACCACCCUGCAGGCAUCUUUUCUUACGAAGAAACUAAAUAUUGGUGGAAAAAGAGUAAACCUUGCAAUAUGGGAUACAGCUGGUCAAGAAAGAUUUCAUGCAUUGGGGCCUAUCUACUACAGGGACUCUAAUGGCGCUAUUCUAGUAUAUGAUAUAACAGAUGAAGACUCUUUUCAAAAGGUAAAAAACUGGGUUAAGGAAUUAAGAAAAAUGUUGGGAAAUGAAAUCUGUUUAUGUAUAGUAGGUAACAAAAUAGACUUGGAAAAAGAGAGACAUGUUUCAGUGCAAGAAGCAGAAAUGUACGCUGAAUCUGUUGGAGCAAAACAUUAUCAUACGUCAGCUAAACAGAACAAAGGAAUUGAAGAACUGUUUCUUGACCUUUGCAAAAGAAUGAUAGAAACUGCUCAAGUGGAUGAAAGAGCAAGAGGCAAUGGCUCCAGUCAGUCAGGAAUAGCAAGGCGAGGUGUACAGAUCAUUGAUGAUGAGCCACAAGUACAGAGCAGUGGAGGGUGCUGUUCUUCUGGAUAAUUAUAAAACUGUGCAUCACUGCCCUCUCAAUAUGAAGACUGCCAUAUUCCAAGUCACACAUUCUUUACCAAUGGAGUAAUAGAAUUAACAGUAUUUAAAAAUAAUCACAUGUAACACUGCAGAGACCUUAAGUGCUAAACUAGUGGCGUCAGUGACCAGAGAAUUGGCGUUUUCUACAGUGGUUAACAAAGCAAUUACCAAUGGCCUUUUUACAUAUUUUUCUUUAAUAAGGAAUAAUAUGCAUGUAGAAAAGACCUACUUAAAGGCUUCAUUUAUAUUCUUUUAAAUCAGAUCAUUAUUUAAUAACUUAUAUACAUUGUUGUUGGAAUGGUAUACGUUUUUGCAGCUCUUUGUACUUUGUGGUAGAUGGAAUUGUAUCACUUCUAAAAUGCAAAUUGAUUUUUUUUAAAUUAGCAGAUAUCUGAAUUAAUAUUUUUGCAGGGCCUCCACAAGCCUAUAACUCAACUACUUUGAUAUAUUCUGUUCAUCUGUAUGCCAAGCUGAUAAAAUACAUUGUAAAUUACAUAUUAAAUAUUUUAUCUGCUUUUACAGUUGCAGGUGCAGAAAUAUGUACAUCAGUCUUGUCUGUGAUUGUGAAGUGAAUAAGUCAGUGAAAGAUGCAAGCUUUUCAUGUGCACUGUUAAAUUGCUCAUUUUAUUCCCCUACCUGAAAACAACUUCGUUUUGGGUACAUCCAUAGCUACAGCAAUUCUUUAAUCCAUUUCUGGCAAGCAGCAGUAUUUAGAGUAUCCCCUUACUGGAAGAGAAUGCUUCUGUAAACUGCUGUUUAACAUUGAGGUUGUUUGACUUGCAGCUAAAACAGCUGGUGCAUGCACAUACCUUGCCUCUGCAGUUACUUUGUUCUCUCAGAAGAUCCCCAGAAAGUCAAAGCAACUUUGGCCCUCAUCUAUCUGGGAGCCAGUAAACCAGAUGCAUGGGAAACUCUUUAGCUGCUCCAAUACAUUUGUUUCCAAAGACAGCAUUAUAAACUAUUCAUGAGCAUAUUUUUUUCCCUGUAGGGCUUGAGUGAACAAUUAAUUGGCAUUAACUAGAAUGUCUAAUUUGGAGUGAUUAAAUUGAAGAUGUGAAACUUGCCAGAUGUAGCUGUAACUAAGGGGAUUCGAAGCAGAAUUGAACUUAUGCCCAACUUGCUCUUUGUCCUGUAAAGUGUUUUGAAAAAGCCCAUUUAAGUUUCAGGAGGAGGGUUUCAGAAAAAAAAUGUGUAAACUGCUAUCACAAAAGAACAUAAAUGGUGGUAGCUGAAACUUCAAAAUGUUUUGUGCUCUGACUUUUUUUACUUAAGUUGUCAUGCUUGGAAAAACAGUAAAGGUGAUGUCUAUGACAAAGUAGAAUAUCCUUGGCCUUCCUUUUUCUGAAAGGUAGAUUUAGUAUUGCAUAUGAAUGCACUGAAUGGUGUGGGUAUGUUCUGAUACACAAAAAAGUAGUACUAAUGAAUUAGUCUGUAUAAGAAGUGUGCUGUCUUCAAUCUGAUUUUUAUUUUCUCUGAAAUAAUAGAAGGCUUUGAUACCGACUGA